AUGACAUUUAUAAUCGUACACAAGAUGAAAAAAACAUCAGUAAUAUUGAAUACGAAAAGAGUAAAACCAUCCGAAGCUUACGAACUCGGACCAAGUAAGUUAAUAAAAAUGGUUAGGUUACAUUUAAUGCUAUUUAUAUCUAUAAGUGUCAUAACUUUGUCUUAUGCCGUUGGUAAAAAAACGUCCCUGAGGUACAUACGACUCAUAAUAAAAAACUCAGUUUCUAAACUGUUCAGAGCAUUUUUCAAAGGCAGAGCAAUGAGUUCAAUUCGCUUGCAUAACAAUAACAAAUUAGCUUGUAAACUACAACCGUUAAGGAAUUAG